AUGGAAGACGAAGAGAUUCUUAGAGAUGCUGUCAAUUUGCAGGUACUGAAAUUCCAUUACCCUACGAUCACUAGCACAAUUGACAUUGCUUCUCAUGUUGCUGUUUAUCAAUUUGAUAUUCCUUCGCAACAGUGGGUGAAAACUGCCAUUGAAGGUACCUUUUUUCUCGUUAAAGACCAAUUUGCAAGGAUUGGCUAUGUGAUACUUAAUAGAAAUUCUCCAGAAAAUUUGUACCUAUUUGUUGACAAUCCUCAAAAUGUUCACCUGGUGGACCGUUAUUUGAUUCAUAAGUUACGGGAUCAUCAAGUUGUGGGAUUAUGGAUGUUUGACCCGAAUGACAUGAAUCGUAUUUAUAACAGGAUAUCUCAUCAUAAGUUUUAG